AUGUCAAGUUAUAAUUAUUCAGCGAGGGACCGCGCCCAUUCCUCAUCUCGGUCUUACUCGUCAGACCACCCACCUCAGCGUCCACCUCCUUCUAAUAGGACCUCCGCUCUCAAUUUAAACAACUUGUUGAAUUCGGACGAUCAACCAAUGUCACACACAUCCAGCCACUAUUCGCUUCCUCCUUUAGCUUCUCACGCGGCACCUUAUACUCAGCCGACUUUAUCGUUUUCGUAUAAUUCACAGACGAACAACACGCAUUAUGGACAUAAUCAUAACGAUUAUCCUCCUACCACUUUGUCUACUCCCUCCACCUUAUCACAUUCUCUUCAACCGUCGAUCCUUUCGAUUCAGCGCCAUUUACCAGCUUACAAUAACACUUCCUGGGGUUAUUCCGAGCCUUCUGCUCAUCAGCUACCGGGCACACAGUACAAAGUGGAUCACGGCAAUCACGUACCACAGCAAACAUUAUCGUUUAUUCAUAAUUCAAAUGUAAACCAAAACUCUUUGCACCGUAUCCACGAAAAUACCGGUGUUGUGCCUCACGAGACAUUACGUCCUUUACCUAUGUCCAUUAAUCAACUUUUGAGUAGAGAUCCGAAUGAAGAUACUAACUUCCAAUUUACGAAAUCACAGAAUGGCCCCGGCGGUGUAUUUGAUGGUGGCCCAUAUGGUAGAUCAAAUUUGACACAUGCUCCAACGGAUAGUACGGAAGAUAAAGAGAGUGCUAUAACUGCUUCAGAUGCAAACACUGAUGCGAGUUUACAUGGAUCGGACCGAUCAGAAGGCGAAUCCACUGAAGAGGAAGAAUUAAAAAUUAUUCCACCUCCACGUAAAAUACCUGAACCAGAGAUGGGAUUCGCUGUGUAUAACCUCGAUGUAACAAAAGUUUUCAAUCCUUCGACUCGUGAAUCUCAAGAACCAGAUAAUCUAAAAAUCAUUUCUGCCCCACAAACUUUUCAGCUUUCUCAAAGCAAUCGUAAGUUACCAGCCACUUCCGCAUCUCCAACAUUAAAAGUUUCCCCGAUUGCUCGUACAAAACGAGUCACAUCACCGAAACAACGACCUCAAUCUAAUCAGAAACCGCAAAAUAAAGUGUCAAAGACCAAAAAAUCAUCACGCAUUGACGCUGCAGGAAUUGAUACUCAGGAAUUGAGUCAUUCAUCUGAAUCUUCGGGUGCAACAGCUUUAAGCUCAAAAGCAGGAUAUGGCACAAGUCAAUCGAGUGAAUCAACUGGAUCUGAAGAGAGUGAUUCCGAUGGCACUAUAGAAGAAAAAUACAGCGAAGAGUUAAUUAAUUACAUGGUAGAAGUAUAUCAACGUCAAAAACGUGUUGUGGAUGAAUACGAGAGAAGAUGCAGGAUGAAGAAAGAAACCCUCCGUCGGAAAUUUUUAAGUCGGAUUAGCCUACGCAUUCCUCAUAGAACAUCUGAUAAGGAAAAUGAUAUGGGCUCGUUUAAAAGUAGAUCGAGACACAAAAAAGAAAAGCGAAAACAUUACGUGGAACCACCUACUGAAACUGAUGAAGAUAGUGAUAUUGCUGGAUUAAGGCGCCAACCUCAUGAUGCGAAGGCUCAAAAACAUAGAGAUGCAAUAGAAGUAGAGGAGCGACGAAAAAUAUGGAAAGAUAUUGUCCGUAAUGCUAUACCUAGGAUGAAUAAAAUUGUCAUUCAGACUACGACUUCUCGAGCUAAUAAUUGUCGCAAAGUUGCACAAUUAUGCCAGAAAGAAGCUCGUAAAGCUGCUGGAAAAUCGUGUAAAUCUGCAAAAGAUAUCCAAAGUAGAGUUAAACAGGCCAAUAAACAGAUGCUCAUGUUUUGGAAACGUAAUGAAAAGGAAGAGCGUGAAUUACGUAAAAAAGCGGAAAGAGAGGCUUUAGAGAGAAUGCGAGUGGAAGAAGAGCUACGAGAAGCGAAAAGACAAGCGCGAAAACUAAAUUUCCUCAUAACUCAAACUGAACUUUAUAGUCACUUUGUCGGAAAAAAAAUUGGGACUCAAACGACAAACGAAGUUUCGGAAAAUUCUAAUCAGGCUGAUGUAGUGACAAACGAUCAAAUCACAGAAUCUUCAAACGCUGAUUUGAAUAUAGACAUGGACAUGGAUGCUGAAUCAGAGGUCCCCGUUCCCCCAUCUUUCGCGGAUAUUGAUUUUGAUGAAGACUCUGAAGAUGCCCUUAGAGAAAAGGCACGCAUAAUUGCACAAAAUGCUCUUAAACAAGUCAAAAAACAUACAGCUGAUUUUGAUGGUGAAAGAACUGGUAGUGGAUCAAACGAGAUUUCUGUAACGAACCAAGAUUUGGAUCAAAUGAACUUUCAAAACCCAUCCAGUAUGCCAUCAAUGGCAGAAAUUAAACAACCAUCUAUACUAGUAAAAGUUACGUUGAAAGAUUAUCAGUUAAGAGGAUUAAAUUGGCUAGCUAACCUUUAUGAGCAGGGUAUUAAUGGAAUUUUGGCUGAUGAAAUGGGGUUGGGAAAGACGGUUCAAUCUAUAUCGUUGAUGGCUCAUCUUGCAGAGACUCAUAACAUAUGGGGCCCAUUUUUAGUAAUCGCACCAGCGUCUACUCUUCAUAAUUGGCAAAAAGAAAUAGCUGAAUUUCUUCCCGCUUUUAGGAUUUUGCCAUAUUGGGGCACUAUGAAAGACCGAGCUAUACUAAGAAAAUCCUUAAAUAAAAGAAAUCUAAUAUUUAAUCAAGAUGCCCCAUUCCAUGUCGUUAUCACAAGCUACCAAUUGAUUGUUCAAGAUCAGGGUUACUUUUCAAGAACAAAAUGGCAAUAUAUGAUUUUAGAUGAGGCACAGGCUAUCAAGAGCUCCACUAGCGCGCGCUGGAAAACUCUUCUUGGUUUUCAAUGUCGUAAUCGACUCUUGCUGACUGGCACACCGAUCCAAAACAGUAUGCAAGAAUUGUGGGCACUUUUACAUUUUAUUAUGCCAACUCUUUUUGACUCGCACCAGGAAUUUAGUGAAUGGUUUUCUAAGGACAUUGAAAGUCAUGCUGAAAAUAAGGGUUCGUUAAAUGAGCACCAACUUAAACGACUACACAUGAUUUUGAAACCCUUCAUGCUGCGCCGUGUAAAGAAAAAUGUUCAAAAUGAACUUGGAGACAAAAUAGAGAAAGAAGUAUUUUGUCAGUUAACGGCGAGGCAACGUGUUCUAUAUCGUGGUCUUCGUGAUAAGAUUUCAGUAACAGAAUUAUUAGAAAAAGCUGCAACAUGGCCUGACAAUGAUAAUGUCGAUAGUUUAAUGAAUUUAGUAAUGCAAUUUCGUAAAGUGUGUAAUCAUCCGGAAUUAUUUGAUAGAGCAGAUGUAUCUGCUCCUUUUGCUUUUUGUAAUUAUAGCUCUACAUUCAUUAUAUCCCGAGAAGAACAUUUAUACCUUCCAUAUUCUACAAAAAAUGUGCUUACCUAUAAAAUUCCCAAAACGAUAUUCCGAAGUGGAGAUACAUUUUCAUUCUUGAAAUUUGUGGAUAUUAGCCCUUCAGAAGCGUCUGAAGUUUUCUUUAGCAAUAUUUUGCAACGGUGGCUUUUCCAUCUUUUACGACGAGUGCAUAAAGCUCGAAGAAGAUUUUUUAUUACACAAGAUGGCGAAAGCUAUUCAAAUGUUCCAAUCAAUACAUAUGCUCGUUUUUUGAUUGCUGAAACAGCAUUUAAGCUUGCACCGAUGAAUAUUGAAGUAUCAUCGGUCCUAAGUGAUUUAACAAGCAUUUUUGAAAAUACUACUCGACAUGAAUUAGUUGCAAUUUCUCCUCCAAUUCAGCCUAUGUGUAUAGAUAAAGGUUUUUAUAAUGAUCAAGAACAACUUAUGUUCAAUCCAUUUAUAAGAUCCGCCCUCUCAGGAAUAAAAGAAUUAAUGCCUCAGAACGAGCGGAAUUCUAACAUUGUUGGUCAAUUCUUAAUUCAAUCUGAGGGUGAGGGCGUAAUAGGCCAGACAUACCGGAAAGAUAAUGGGUUCUCAUAUAUGCGAGUGCCACCUCUUAAAAAACUUGUUUUGGAUUCCGGGAAAUUGACAAAACUUGAUGAAUUACUCAAAGAACUUAAAGCUGGUGGUCAUCGGGUUUUAAUUUAUUUCCAAAUGACGCGUAUGAUCGACCUGAUGGAAGAAUACCUUGCGUACAGGCAAUAUAAGUAUUUAAGACUCGAUGGUUCGUCAAAAAUAGCUGAUCGUCGUGAUAUGGUUGAAGACUGGCAAACGCGAUCUGAAAUAUUCGUUUUCCUGUUGAGUACUCGUGCUGGUGGUUUAGGUAUUAAUCUGACAGCAGCAGAUACUGUUAUCUUUUAUGAUAGUGAUUGGAAUCCUACAGUCGACCAACAGGCUAUGGAUCGUGCACAUAGAUUGGGUCAAACUAAACAAGUUACUGUAUACAGACUGAUAACCAAAGGUACUAUUGAAGAAAGGAUCCUUCAGCGCGCGAAGCAGAAAGAUGAAAUUCAAAAAGUUGUCAUAUCCGGCGGUGAAUUCAAGCAAGUCGACUUCAAACCACGAGAGAUUGUAUCGUUACUUCUUGAAGAUGAUGAGCUUGAAGCUAAACUUCGUGAUCAACAGUCAAAGCGCAAGGUCGAAGAUGAUGACGCUAAGAAAAAAGGAAAUGGUGGAAAACGUCGAAAGAAGGAUUCAAACUCUGGUUCCAGUUCUUCAGUCAUUUCAUCCAGGACCCUCGAAGAUUUAUGGCAUGAAGGAGAACCGCCUAUGGCAGAAACAGAAGGUAGCGGUGUCACUACACCAACGAGUUCUGUUGGUGGCACGAAGAAAAAACGUACGACUAAAACAACAUCAAAAGCACCAGUCAAGGCUAGGACAAAGAAAGCAACUACAAACCCUC